CAGCAACAGCUUCAGCAGCUGCAGCAGUCAAAGCAAAGGGGAGCAACGCCCAUUAAACAACAGCAGCAGCAGCCGUCGAUGUCUGCGGCACAAGUGCAACAAAAGCAUGGUACGACACCAACAACCACCGUGCAACUGCAACAGCAACAUAAGCUGGCAACGGCAAUAUCUAUGCAGCAACAGCAGAAGCAGACUGCAUCGAUGUUGCAACAGCAGCAGCAGAAAUCCGCAGCAAUGUUGCAGGUGCAACAACAGCAACUGCAGCAAAAGCCGUCCAUUACGAUGUCAACGAUGCAGAUGCAAAUGCAACAGCAACAGCAACAACAGCAGCAACAGCAGCAGCUGGUAGCGCCGCCGCCUGCGCAUCAUGCGGCGACUCAGCUGGCCAAACUCACGCCAAUGCCCGUGUUGAGCAGGCAGAAUGUCGUGCUGCCAACACCAGCGUCGAUUAAUAGUGCAGCGCGCACACUGCCCUACAAAAUGAAGGCGACAACAGCAACACCUACGGCUGUAGUGACAACAGCUGCACCAACAGUGACAACAACAGCUCCAACUGCAUCUGCAACAGCAGCAGCAACAGCUGCUGCCCUGCGCAACGUUCAACAGUUUACGCCCAGCAGCAAUAGCAUCACAUCAGCUGGCGCCACGCCCCCUUUACGUUUAUUAGCAACGCCUCCGCAUUGCGCGGCAGCUUUAAAUGAGCCGCUGUUGCUCAAUUUACCUCCCACGACUAGCAUAACGCCGCAGCUGACGCCAACAACAACGCCACCACCAACAGCAACGUCAGCGACAGCUGCUGCUGCUGCUAAGAUUACCUUUCCAGGUGCAAGCAUUUCACCUGUCCCUAAGCCGGCGACGAAGCGCGUGCAGCCCAUCACAGUGCUCAAGAAGUCGGAUGAGGAGUGGCGGCGGCACAUAGCGCAACAGCAGCUCGAGCAGUGUCACAAGCCAAAAGAGCAGCCCAUCGCCACGCCUACAAUUGUGCUAGUCGAAUCGCCGCCCACUACGCCACCCACCGAGAAGGUGGAUAGCAACAGUUCCGCUCCAGCUGCUUCAACAGCAACCUCAACGCCGGCUGCUGCUGCUCCAGCUACAACCCGCCCGCCACUUGUGCCGGAGUAUGCGGCAUUGCUGCAGCUAUGCCGUGAGCUGGACAAGUCGUCGGAUAUGGAGCGAUUGAUUGACAUAAAGCUGAUUAAAUACUAUUACAGUGUCCACGAAAACUUUGUCCGUUCACGUGGCUUUCGCAAGCAAUUGGAACAGACCAUGGAGCGCAUGCGCAAUGAACCAGACAUGAUUUACGUGCAUCUCAAAUAUGUGGUAGAGGAGCUGAAGGUGCGACGUAAGGCAAAGGCUGUAGAGCUGCCACCUGACGAGCCGGAGGAGAAGCCAACACCAGCAGCAGCACCGGCAGCAACAGCAGCAGCUCCAGUGCCCACGCCAACUGCAACUGAGAUUAAAAAUACACAGCCGGCUCCUGCUGAUCCCGCGACUCCUGCUAGCACCGGCAACAAGCGUACCGAUGAGCGUAUUAGAAAAUUGAAUCGCACUCUGCAUACCAUUACGAAACGUAUUAGCGCUUUGGAGGAGGCGGAUGUUGAUUGGAAUGACGAUGAUGACUCCAGCUAUCUGCAGGUGGAGCGGUACAAGAAGCGCGCCUGUCAGAUCUAUGAGAAAAUCUGUGAUUUAACCGGUGAAAGCAAGAGCGCCCAUCGCCAGAUGAAGCAGCCCAUAGUAUUUAAGGAUACGCCAUAUCCACAAUUUAACCGCACACUCUCCGCGUUCGUCAAUCGCAUGCACGAAUUUCCCGAUUAUCAUGACGUUCUCCAGCUGCUGGAGCACUGCAACAAGGAUAAGAAUCUGGGUUUGGCUACGUUCGAAAUGAAGCGCAUAGCUCAUGAUGCCUUUGUCAAGGUGGGUCGCCUGCUGCAGGCUAGGCGCAAGACUGAUCUCUAUGAGACCGUGACACAUUUCACGGCCAAUGCCAAGGAUCCAGCUGCCUCGGAUGCGACACUGCUGGCCAAGCUGAAUGAGAACAACAAAAAGCAAACCAAAAUCAGUGACAUUUUAGAAAAAUUUGCUCGUGAGCAGGAUCUCACCAGCGAGGAACAGAGGGAGGCGAGGCUAAAGGAAAAACAGCUGCAAGCAGCGGCAGCUGCUGCAGCAGAAACAGCAACAACAGCAGAAACGGAAGCGGCAACAACAUCAGCACCUGUUGGAGAGGCAGCCGCGAAGCAUGAAGCGGUUCCAAAUGUGGACGAUGAGAAGCCGUGCACCAGCGCUCAGGCACAGGCGCAGGCAGCCCAACAAAUCGACUUAACGAAUGGUCUAGAAAGAUGCGAGACCGACAGUGACGAGGAGGAUGACGAGGACGACGAUGAAACGGACGAGGAUGUGGAUGCCUUUGUUGAUAAUUUUAAAGCAAACGGCGAUAUGAGCGAUGUUGAAUCCGAUACGGAGGCAAAUGCAGCACCAAAGACAUCUGCUGUUGCAGCAACGGCGGCUGCUCCUGUGAUAGUUAAUAAUGUAACGAGAGAAAAGACUGCUGCUACCAAUGAUAAUAAUAAUGCUGAUGAUAAUGUUGAUGAGAGUGCUUCAGCAGAGUCUGCCAAGGCAAUGCCCAACGGCAAGCUGAAGGAUACGCCUUCUGCUCAGAUGCUUAAGGUAAUGUCCGUUUCUAGUCUAAAUGCAACUGUAUCUACAACCAGCAACAAUAGCAAAAACGAUAGCAAAAGCAACAACAAUAAUGUUAGCAGCGCAGAGCAGCCGGCGGGGCAGCAGCAGCAGCAGCAGAAGAACCAGCAGCGAGAAAAGGAACAGAUCACAGAAAUUAUCAUUUCGGAUGAGGAAUCAUAAAUGUUCCUCCGCCUUCAUUUCCC